GUCCCCCCAACUUUUGAUUGCCUCCUCUUUAUCCUCCAAAGUUUUCUUGAUUUUACACUCACUCCCCACUCUUCCCGUCCAAUCUCCUGAAAAAUUCUUCUUUUUUUUUUUUUGCCCUCAAUCAACAAUUUUACAGAAAUGGGCUACAUUUAUGAAAUCUGAAUCUGAAAUCACCACAAUUUCAAUUUUCUUUUUUUUGUGGAUUUGAGGAAUUGUUAGAUUUUUUCGGCUAUAAAUUUGGGAAUGGCGACUCCAUUGACGACGGCUGGGGUGCAAACCGGCGGGGUUGGAAUGGGCCCGGGAAUGGGCCAGAAAACGGAAAUUGAUCGGAAUGGGACGGUGAACCGGCUGCUGAAUAGCUCGGCUCCAAUUCGGAUUUUUCUUUUCUUCCAUAAGGCGAUUCGGGCCGAGCUGGAUGGACUUCACAGGGCCGCCAUGAGCUUUGCUACCAAUGUUAAUUGUGACGCUCACAACGAUAUCAAACCUUUGCUGGAACGAUACUAUUUCUUUAGGUCCAUCUAUAAGCACCAUUGCAAUGCUGAAGAUGAGGUUAUCUUUCCUGCACUUGAUAUCCGCGUAAAAAAUGUGGCCCGAACUUAUUCUCUUGAGCAUGAGGGAGAAAGUGUUCUUUUUGAUCAGCUAUUUGGAUUGCUAGACUCGUAUAAGGAAAAUGAGGAUAGCUACAAAAGAGAGCUGGCUUCUUGCACGGGAGCGCUGCGGACUUCAAUCAGCCAGCACAUGUCCAAGGAAGAGGAACAGGUCUUUCCAUUGCUCAUUGAGAAAUUUACAUUUGAGGAGCAAGCUUCAUUGGCGUGGCAAUUUUUAUGCAGCAUUCCUGUUAACAUGAUGGCAGAAUUUCUUCCGUGGCUUUCAUCCUCUAUUUCAGCUGAUGAGCGUCAAGGGAUGCGUAAAUGCUUGUACAAAAUAAUCCCAGAGGAAGAACUUCUUCAAAAGGUGAGUGGACUUCUGCUUGAGAGAUGCUAGAAAUGUUUUCAUCUCAUUGUAAUACCACUUUAUGAAUUAUUUCCACACAGAUAAUAUUCACGUGGAUGGAUGGUGUGAAAGUUGAUAAGAAACGUAAAAGUUGUGGCAAUAUUCCAGUAUUCCAGGGUGGUACCAAUUGUGUGGCUUCAGUUAAUGAUAGUGCGAAGAGAUCAUGUGCAUGUGCAUCGCCAAGCAUGGAAAAAGGCGAUUCUUGCCUGCCGAACUCUGAUGUCAUUGGUCAUCCAAUAGAUGAGAUAUUGCAUUGGCAUAAAACUAUCCGGAAGGAGUUAAAUGACAUAGCUGAAGCUGCAAGAACAAUAACAUCAUCUGGAGAUUUUUCUAAUUGGGCUGCUUUCAAUAAGAGGUUACAGUUCAUUGCCGAGGUGUGCAUCUUUCACAGCAUAGCUGAGGACAAAGUUAUAUUUCCUGCUGUAGAUUCUGGGCUGUCUUUUGCUAAAGAACAUGCAGAAGAAGAAAGUGAAUUUGAGAGAUUUAGAUACUUGAUGGAAAGUAUUGAAAGUGCCAGUGCCAACUCCACUUCUGCGGAAUAUUGUUUGAGUUUAUGCUCGCAUGCUGAUCGUGUAAUGCAGACCAUAACCAAUCACUUCCAGAAUGAGGAAACUCAGGUUCUUCCACUUCUAAGAAAGAAUUUUAGCCAUGAACUGCAGCGAAAGCUUCUAUACCAGAGCUUAUGUGUUAUGCCUCUCAGAGUAAUUGAAUCUGUAUUGCCGUGGCUGGUAGGAUCUCUUACUGAAGAGGAAGCAAGGUCUUUUCUUCAAAACAUGCAGAUGGCAGGUCCUGCAUCAGACUCGGCACUAGUUACCUUAUUCACUGGCUGGGCGUGUAAAGGUCGUCCAAGGGGCGUUUGCUUGUCAGCAGGUGUAAAUGGUUGUUGUGCUUCAAAAGUCCGUGCAAGAUCACCAAAGGAGUUCACUGGAUGUGCUUGUGCCUGCUCUAGGUCAAGCAUCAAGGUUCAAAAUACUCCAUUGGUUCACUCUGGUGGUAGUGAAAUGCCAAUGGAGUCCGGAAACUCAUUGUUGUUCAAAGAAAGCAUUGUUUCCAAUCCUUCAAAAGCAGGAGAGUCACAGAAAGCAUCUCUCAGUAACCAAUCAUGUAGGGUGCCUGGUUUAGGAGUGAACAACAACAAUCUGGGGACAGGUUGUCUUGCUGCUGCGAAAUCUUUACGAUCCUUGUCUUUUGGUCCGAGUGCUCCUUCACUUAGUUCUUGUCUCUUCAACUGGGAAACAGAAACCAGUUCAAAUGAUUGUGGGUCUGAAACAAGACCAAUAGAUACCAUAUUCAAGUUUCACAAAGCCAUCAGGAAAGAUUUGGAGUUUCUGGAUGUUGAAUCUGCAAAACUUGGUGAUUGUAGUGAAAGCUUCAUCAGGCAAUUUAAUGGAAGAUUUCGUCUCUUGUGGGGGCUGUACCGAGCUCACAGUAAUGCUGAGGAUGACAUUGUCUUUCCAGCUUUAGAAUCAAGGGAGACUCUGCAUAAUGUCAGUCACUCUUAUAUGUUGGACCAUAAGCAGGAAGAAAAGCUAUUUGAGGAUAUAUCUUCUACACUUGAUAAGCUGUCCAUAGUCAGUGAAAAUUUGAAGAACAAAAGUAAGGUAGGAGACCAAAAUAUAGGAGAUUUUAAUUCCUCCUAUUCAUAUGGUGAUUUGAGAGAAUAUAGUGAGCUGGCAACCAAGGUACAGAGCAUGUGCAAAUCAAUUAGAGUAACAUUGGAUCUGCAUGUCAAACGUGAAGAAGUUGAGCUCUGGCCACUAUUUGAGAGGCAUUUUUCUGUCGAGGAACAGGACAAACUCGUUGGUCGCAUUAUUGGUACCACAGGAGCAGAAGUGCUUCAGUCAAUGUUGCCGUGGGUAACAUCUGCUCUUACUCAGGAAGAGCAAAAUAAAAUGAUCGACACGUGGAAGCAAGCCACCAAGAACACAAUGUUCAGUGAGUGGCUAAACGAAUGGUGGGAAGGGACUUCAAUUGCAUCAACAUCAAACAAUGUGAGCUAUGAUAUGCAUGAGUCAGUGGACCAGAGUGAUUUCACUUUCAAGCCUGGGUGGAAGGAUAUUUUCCGAAUGAAUCAGAAUGAGCUUGAGUCUGAGAUUAGAAAGGUCUCUAGGGAUUCUUCCCUUGAUCCAAGAAGAAAAGCCUACCUUAUUCAAAAUCUUAUGACCAGCCGUUGGAUUGCUGCCCAGCAGAAGUUGCCCCAGAUAAGAAUAAAGGAGAAUUCGGAUGAUGUGAAUGUAGCUGGAUGUUCACCGUCAUUUCGCAACCCAGACAAAACUGUUUAUGGAUGUGAACAUUACAAAAGAAAUUGUAAGCUCCGUGCAGCUUGUUGUGGAAAGUUAUUCACUUGUAGAUUCUGCCAUGACAAUGUCAGUGACCAUUCCAUGGAGAGAAAGGCAACAUCUGAAAUGAUGUGCAUGAAGUGCCUGAAAAUUCAACCUGUUGGGCCCACUUGCGCUACUCCUUCUUGCAAGGGAUUCUCGAUGGCAAAAUACUAUUGUAGCAGCUGCAAGUUUUUUGAUGAUGAAAGGACAGUUUACCAUUGCCCCUCUUGCAACUUAUGCCGCCUUGGGAGUGGACUUGGCAUUGACUUCUUCCAUUGCAUGACCUGCAACUGUUGCCUGGGAAUGAAACUAAUGGACCACAAGUGCAGGGAGAAAGGGCUGGAGACUAAUUGCCCUAUAUGCUGCGACUUUUUGUUCACAUCCAGUGAGACUGUCAGAUCUCUACCUUGUGGCCACUUCAUGCAUUCUGCUUGCUUUCAGGCAUAUGCUCGCACACACUACAUCUGCCCUAUCUGUAGCAAAUCAAUGGGAGACAUGUCGGUUUACUUUGGGAUGCUUGAUGCUUUAAUGGCUUCUGAGAUUCUCCCUGAAGAAUACAGGGGCCGCUGUCAAGACAUUUUGUGCAAUGAUUGUGGUUUGAAAGGAUCGGCCCCAUUCCAUUGGCUGUACCACAAGUGCAGCUUCUGUGGAUCCUACAAUACGAGGGUGAUCAAGACAAGGGGGAUUCGUGUUGGUGGAAGAUUCAAGUACUUGUGGAAAUUCGGGAGAGCGGAAAUAAGACGAAAGGAGGGAAGGUACUGUAGAAGUGGUAGGACGAAUAAGUAUAAGGUUUGUGGUAACGAAUUUAAGGGAAUGGCUGGUUCAAAAAUGGAGGGGCCAUCGGCUCCAGCGUUGAGAAGAGACCCAUAUGAGGUAUUAUCCGUAUCCAGGGAUUCUUCUGAUCAAGAAAUCAAAACUGCCUACCGGAAGCUUGCUCUCAAGUACCACCCUGAUAAAAAUGCUAGCAAUCCUGAGGCGUCAGAACUCUUCAAGGAAGUUGCAUAUUCAUAUAGCAUUUUAUCUGACCCAGAAAAGAGGAGGCAAUAUGACAGUUCAGGAUUUGAGGCACUUGACGCUGAUGGAAUGGAUAUGGAAAUAGAUCUAUCCAACCUUGGAACUGUCAACACAAUGUUUGCCGCAUUGUUUAGCAAGUUGGGUGUUCCUAUCAAGACAACAAUUUCUGCCAAUGUCCUUGAAGAAGCAUUAAAUGGGACUGUCACAGUGAGGCCACUACCGAUUGGAACCUCUGUUAGUGGCAAGGUAGAAAAGCAGUGUGCGCACUUUUUUGGUGUAACUAUUAGCGAUGAGCAAGCUGAGUCUGGAAUAGUAGUUAGAGUAACUUCCGCUGCACAAAGCAAAUUUAAGCUUUUAUAUUUUGAGCACGAUGCCAAUGGAGGCUACGGACUGGCAUUGCAGGAAGAUAGUGAGAAGACAGGCAAGGUGACAUCUGCUGGGAUGUAUUUCUUGCAUUUUCAAGUGUACAGAAUGGAUACCACAGUAAAUGCGUUGGCAAUGGCUAAAGAUCCCGAAGCUGCAUUUUUCAAAAGAUUGGAAGGCCUUCAGCCUUGUGAGGUCUCAGAACUAAAAGCUGGCACUCACAUAUUCGCUGUUUAUGGGGAUAAUUUCUUCAAACCUGCUACAUAUACGAUAGAGGCUCUUUGUGCGAAGUCAUUUGAGGAAACAACAAACAAAUUAAAGGAUAUUGAAUCUCAGAUUUUGAGAAAGAGAAAUGAGCUACGCCAGUUUGAGACCGAAUACAGGAAGGCAUUGGCACGCUUCCAAGAGGUGACCAAUAGGUACAGCCAGGAAAAGCAAACAGUUGAUGAACUGCUCAAACAGAGAGACACAAUUCAUUCUUCUUUCACUGUUGUAAGAUCCAUAGUUACUGCUGGUGGUAGUGGUCAUUUUAGUAAUGGAAGCAGUAGCAAAAUUCCAUCAGAUGAUUUUAGGGCAGAGAGCCCAGGAGAUGAUAGCAGCUCCGAGUCUAAGGACAAGUCCAAGAAGAAAUGGUUCAAUCUGAACCUCAAGGGAUCUGAUAAAAAGGUCUGA